AGGACGCGACGGAGAGAGCAGCCGGGGGAGGCAGCGACUGCAAAGCCCCGCCAGCGGCGUCGAUAAGAAAUCUGGACCAGGCAAGAACGAAAGGACCAGUUCCACGGGGGAGGAAAAAAGCGCUCCGUCGUCGUCGAGAGAAAAACGCGAGACUCGCGAAAGGGUACUCCGAAAAGGAGUCGGCAUCGGAGGUUGCAAUCGCCGCCGGCUUCCUUCCUUUCUUCCUGGCCAAUGUCGACUGCGUCAGCCGGGCACGAGGCACGAAACCAACAAAGGUGCUGACUCCUUGCGACCAGAAGAAGCGGGGAGAAUUCAUUUUCUGUGUCAACGCCGGCCAGCGUUUCCGGUCGGCAACGAACCAUCGCAACGGUAAUUUCGAGGCGACAGCUACCGCGAGACCUCGCGUCAAAGUCCCGUCCCUGCAAGCGAUGUGGACGUGACAGGUCCGGAGAGCACGAGGCGACCGGCUCCGCAGGACCGAUCCGUCUUCCUGGAUUCUCCCUUUGCCGCUUAGAGUGAAGUGUCGGGUGCCGCCAUGCCUCAACGCGACGUCGCCAUGUUUGAGCUGGGCCUGCGGGACUACGGUUCCAGCUGGACGCGGCUGCAAGAGGCGCUUAAGGUCCAGCAGCAAUUGUACGGCCCUCCCAAGCAAGCCCGCCCGUCACAGGACCCCAAUGUCCACAGCGAAAAACCCGUAAAAGAGCGCGAACAAGAGCACGCCGCUGAGGAUAAGUCUCCCGUGCCGGUGACGUCUUCGUCGGACCUUUCGGACCAUUCAGGAGAAGGCUCGACAAGGACCGGGGGCAACAAGACGUCUGCGAAGAAGUCGAGGGGAGGACUGAUGGGCCUCAUCACGAGGAAGAAGGACAGUGCCAGCAAGAAAAAAAGUGCAAAGAGGAACUCGAAGUCACCGGAAAGGACGGUCAAGGAGUCGGUGGAGAAAGCCACCUCAGCAACGCUAUCGUCCGAGGAGGACACAGAAGUGGCAAGGGGAGUUGAUAUCGAGCACUCUGUGGAACAAGAUGGCAAGUCGUUCAAGAGGAUGAGUAGCAAAGAUAAGACGGCAGCUCAGGCGCCUGAUGCAAGCAUCCCUACCGAUGAGGCCGCGGUUAUGAAGAAAGAAAAGUCCAGAAGUCUCAAGACACGAGAGGAGUACGACCAGAGGAAGACAAACGGAAAACACGAGAGAGAGGACUAUCUCCCUGAUGGGAACACGGUUCCCCCGACGCAGGGAAGAGACUAUACAGACUUUUCUUCGAGCAACAGCCGAAAGACUUCUAGGGGAGAUUCUCCCCCUGACGGCAGACCAAGCUAUCCCGUCCAACAGAAAGAACAGCAUCACAGGAGCAACGGGAAACUUCACCACGAGGAAGCCCCGAGGAGCAGGAGACAAGGCAGCCCUGUUUAUGACAAGGAUGUGCAGCGGAGAUACGGGAGAGAUUCUUCUAGAGACGAUUCGUUAAAAGAACCACAGAGCAACGGUAUCUCAGAUCACAAUGACCAGUCACCCUACUAUCGCAGAAACGGCGAGGCGACGGGGGAAUUCUCUCUGAGGCAACCGGUUACCCCAGUGUAUUACCAGGAGCAGUCAACACAUCCUCGGGCUAAACGGGAAUCUUCGAGACAGCAGCAGUUCUCGAGAGAACCUGACUUCGGCAGCUUGGCGUACCACAGUUCAAGCUCAGAACGUUCUCGACAACGCCCCAGAGAACCGUUGCCAAGGGACAAGGAAGCCAGCAGCACGGACAAACAGGCGCAGCAUAGAUCAAGCAGGGAAAAUUCAAGGCAGGAACCCGCCAGAGAAAAAGAGGCAACGAACCCUACGUACCCCAGGGACCAACAGAGGCAUUACAAGAACAGCAGAGAGUACCCGAGGGAAGAGCCGCCGAGAGAAAAAGAAGCCGGUAGCUUCCAUGCCCCCAAGGAGCCCGCCCCGACGUACAACAAAACGAACAAGGACAUCCAGACAGCCUGUUCUACCAGAGAAAGGGGACCGGUGAGCCCGAGGUACCGCGAGGAAGAAUUUAAGUAUCCCAGGUCGAACAACGAUAGAUCUUCGUGGGAAAGCCCGCCCAGAAACGGUGACGUCCCCGUGCCCAGCUCCCCCAAAAGCCGGCCGCGGUACUCGCGAGAGUUCACGGACGAGGACGACGAUUUCAUGCUCGUCGAGAAUCGUCAGUUCGUCCCAACGACGGGUCAGUCUUCGAGGAGGCCACCUGUAACAAAACCAGCGACGAACGGCGAAGCCGCCAGGCCGAACUCCUGGUCGUCGCCGACCCUCGGCUGCACUCGCUGCGGCGACAAGGUGUACCCGAAGGAGAUGGUGACGCCCAAGCCCGGAGUCCUGCUGCACAGCGGCUGCUUUAAGUGCCGCGAGUGCGGGGUCAAGUUGACACUGCAGACGUUCUUCACUAACCAGAGGGACACGAGAGACGUCGACGUGUACUGCCGGACGCACGUGCCGCGGUUGGGUCCCGGCACGGUGGACGGCAACGCCCUCAGCAUCCUCACCAGCAAGAACAGCAAAGAAAUCAAGUUCUCCCGCUACGGCAAGGUAAGCGACGAGCAAGCACUGCUCAGCUCCAAGGUCAUAGCACAGAAGGAAGAGACAGAGGGUCCCAGGGGAGAUCCAACAGGACUGCGCUACAUGUGAGAACUGCAGCGAUCAUCGUCGUUGGUUGUGUCGAUCCCUCUGCAACAGACUGCGCAAGUAUUUCGUGGAGCCUCUUCGGACUGAAUCGGUCGCCCACAAGAUCCAACACAAGUGUCACAAUGCGGACCAGUCCAUGUGUAGUGCCAGCACCGUGUAAAGUGCUUGUUUAUGUGCGUCCCAGUGUUCUGUGAAGAUUGCAUCAUUUGCAAGUAGACAAGUGUGGACGGAGAGCGUGGGCAGAGGCAUAAGCAAAUCGAGUCUUUUAUGUGGAUAAUCAAUGUCUUUUUGUGUAGCUUCGUGUAAAAUUUGCGUCGUGUGUUGUUGGGGGUAUUUCAUCAGCCACAAAAGUUUUGUGUAUAGAUGAGAGAGCUUUAUACGAUAGCAAAUGUACAAAGGAGAAGUUCCCGUAAGUGCAUCCCCCACCACUGUCAAAAGAAGAUUUUGACGGGUGGUGUUCUUAGAGAAAAAUUAUGUUAUCUCUGUUGACCGUGGUUGCAAAAUGCUUCAUUUAAGUCUUACUAGAGUAAACAAGAGACAAAAACAUGCGCAAUGCCCCAAGCAUAUCCGAUCGAGAGAAAUACUAACAUCUCAGACCACGACAGAAAUGAACACCCACGUUUUAUGUCAUAGCAUUCUUAGCAACUCUAGAAAAAGGGUAUAUGCGGUAAAUUUAAAGCUAUUUGCUAGCUCCCAGAGAAUGUGACAGGAAGCAGCUUUUUAGUAGACAGUGAGAAGACUUCUAAACAUUUGUGUAAAAAUAAUCGGCACUGCACCCAUGUGCACUUUAUUUAACCAGGCUCCUCGGACAAUGAAUGGAGUGUGCAAUGAACAACCGGUUCCAGCAAUAAAAGGUUCAUUUCUUUUUGAGUUUCCCAAG